AGCAUUUCCUUUUUUUCUUCUUCUUCUUCUGCCAUUUCGCAUCACACAGCGGAGCAAAUAAUAAAAACACAAAACUAAAACAAGGCUACUGUACAAAAACAGAGGUGAUUGAAUCAAACGGACCCGGAGGAGGGGGAGGAGGAGGGGAUGCGACAGAACAAACCCGCAGAUCGGAUCAGAUCAUCGGACUGAAGGAUAUAAAAGAAGUUCCUUGUGGAUUUAGCAGCUCCCCCCCCCUAAAAAAAACUCUUGCCCCCGGACACCAGGAACCGUCUGGAGCGUCAUCGUGGAGGCAUUUCCUCGGGAAAAAUAAGAGAUUUCUCUCGUGCGUUUUUUUGAACUUUUUUUUUGCAGCGACUUCCCUGCGACUCUUUUCCAGAUGUGUGUUGUGAUGCAGACAGCGGCUGGUGGAUGAGACCAACUCACACACCACGAAACGAAUAACAGAGCCAACUUUUCUUUAUUAUCUUGCAAAUCUGGAUUUUUUUUUUCCAGACUUUAUUCCCUUUAGAAUAAAGGGAUUUUUGUCUGCAGGAUAUAAACGACUCGUCGACGCUGUGUGUGUGUGUGUGUGUGUGUGUGUUGGACAUGGCCGGAUACAGGAGCCCUCGUUGGAAUAAAUAAGAAUGAAAUGUUAUUGAGGUGAAGUCGUUGGAAGAGAAAAGGCCCAAUGAGUGUCCCACACUCAACACUCACUGACAGGACCCCGAACAUUCUCAACAAGGAUCCUGCAGACAAGAGACCGAAGAAUGACAAAUCCCCGGUUUCCCUCAAACAGGAAUUUGAUCCCACAGGUCUGGUCCAGAGGUGUGUGAUAAUCCAGAGAGAUGAAAAUGGCUUCGGGCUGACGGUGAGCGGAGACAACCCUGUGUUUGUGCAGCUGGUCAAAGAAGAUGGAGCUGCAAUGCGAGCUGGUGUUCAGACAGGAGACAGGAUCAUUAAGGUCAACGGGACCUUAGUGACACAUUCAAACCACAUAGAGGUUGUAAAGCUGAUCAAAUCCGGCUCCUAUGUGGCGCUCACGGUGCUGGGGCGGCCCCCGGGGCUCCAGAUCCCCCUGGAGGAGGAAGAGGGCGAGAGGGAGCGGGAGGAGGAAGGGGCGGAGGUCGGCUCGCCCUCCUCGUCCUCACCCGCCGCGCUGCCAGGGCCGGAGCCGAGCAGCCCGUGGACCAGCGGCACCCCCCCCCUGCCUGACGGGGAUGAGAACAAAACCACGCACCGCCAAACGGCCGACAACCUGUUGAAGAUGCUCACCAGACAGCGACUGGACUUGCAGGCGAAGGAGGAGGAGUGCAGCCGGAGCCCCCGAGCGAAGCUGCUGAGGGAGAUCGAGGAGGCGAAGAAGCAGCUGUCGCUGCUGCAGGAGCAGCUCGGCAGAGUGUCACAGGACGGAGGCCGUGUGUGCGGGAGCGGCGAGGCCGAGGAGGCGGCCGGCGGGACCCCGGAGAGGGAGCCCACCUCGGCCUGCGACGGGCUCCCGACCAACAGCAGCUCUAUGCACAGCAGCCCCCAGCUCCCAGAGAGUCCCGGCAGAGGAGUGACGCCCUGUCAGAGCCCGGACAUCAGCCGGCGAGACGCACCCAACUCCUGCUCGUCGCCCGACGCUGACGACAACGCUGACGCUGACCCCGGAGCUCAGUGCGUCGUGAGCGGCCCCCCCCCCUACCCCCUCAACCCCCAGAUCAUCGGAGCGGAGGACGACUACUUCGACUCUCAGCAGGAGCAGAUUAACGGAGAGUGCAGCUGUUUCCAGAGCUUCGACCUGCUGAAGUCUCGGCCGGCUCACCUCGCAGUUUUCCUCCAUCACGUCGUCUCGCAGUUCGACCCUACCCCCCUGCUGUGUUUCCUCUACGCCGACAUGCACAAGCAAACCAGCUCCAAGGAAAGUCGACGCUUCUUCGUGGAGUUCCACUCGCUCUUCAUGGAUCGAACGGCCAAUCUUAAAGUUCCAGUGCCGGAGACGAUCGCAGCUGAACUGGAGAAGCGGAGGCUGGAGUUGAUCCCGGAGGAACUCUGCAAACAGCUCACGCAGACGUUACAGGACUCGCUGCUGCCGGACCUGCACAGGAACCUGGACGACUUCAGACAGAAACGCAGCAUGGGUCUGACGCUGGCCGAGGACGAACUGUGCAAGCUGGACGUGGAGCGAGGGAAAGAUCAACCGGCCCUGGAGAAGGAGUGUUCCUGUGCCGAGCACAUCAUCUCCAAGAUCGAGGAUAUCCUGUUGACGUCACUGCCGUCAGAAGAGGAGAAGUGCCAGACGAUGCAGUACGUGAUCCUCACCUACAUGAAGCACCUCGGGGUCAAGGUGAAGGAGCCGCGCGGACUCGAGCACAAGCGGCCGCGGAUCAACUUCCUGCCCAAGAUCAAGAAGAGCAUCAAGCCGGAGAAGGAGGGCGAGGAGAAGGUGAAGAAGCCUCGCUUUCCCAACAUCCUCGGGCCGCCCCGACGCCUGAGCAGAGUGGACUCCACUUCAGUCGGCAAGGCGGUGGAGCUGAACAAGCAGCGGUCACCGAAGCAGCUCCCCCAGCCGGCCCCGGGCAUCCCGGAGCAUUCCGACCCGCCCGCCUCCAAUCCCCCUUCGGGGCGGAUCCGUGGGAGUCAGCUGAGCGAGGGGUCGGACGGCGGCGGCGGCGGCGGCGGCGCUCACGUUCUGCCCUCCCCGACGCACGGCUCCCCCGCUGGCCAGGCGUCGGACGCCAGCGGGCAAGACUCGGACUCCAAUUUGUCUCCGUUCUCCGUCCCGCCCAGACCGGGCGAGGGGCCGCCGUGCGGCGAGCAGCAGGACGCCGUCUUCUCCGCCGUCGGCACGCAGUUCGACUUCAGCCCGUCCAACCUGGAGCAGCUCCAGGAGGAGGAGCAGGAGACGUUCAGUAGGAUGGAGGCGCAGUGUGCGGCGAGUUCGGCCGACGUCCAGAGCGAGGACGACCAGGCAGGCGAGGCGGAGCGCGAAGAGGACCCCCCCAACUGGCAGAGCCUGGUCAGCCGGGACGUCCUGGCGAGUCUGACGCCGCAGGAGAUCAAACGGCAGGAGGUCAUCAACGAGCUGUUCUACACCGAGCGCGCCCACCUGCGGAUGCUGAAGGUGUUGGACUGUGUUUUCCACCAGAGGCUGAGCAGAGAUGGCAUCCUCCCCUCAGAGGAGAUCAGACACAUCUUCAUCAACCUGGAGGAAAUCCUCCAGCUGCACGUUUCCGUAACGGAGCAAAUGACAGCGACCAGGAAGAGGAGUGAGACGUCGGUGAUCGGUCCGAUCGGAGAUGAUCUCCUGGCCUGGUUCGGCGGCGAGGAAGAGGAGAAGAUCAAAAGAGCGGUGGGAACUUUCUGCAGCAACCAGCCGUCUGCGCUGGAGUUCAUCAAGACCAAGAAGAAGAAGGACCAGAGGUUCUACCUGUUCAUGCGGGAAGCCGAGAGCAACCGCCUGUGUCGCCGGCUGCAGCUCAAAGACAUCAUCCCUGUGGAGAUGCAGAGGCUGACCAAGUACCCGCUGCUGCUGGACAACAUCGCCAAGUACACAGCAGAGGACGGAGACGAGAGGGAAAAGGUCAAGAAGGCUGGCGAGUGUUGCAAGAAGAUCCUGAACCACGUCAACCAGGCCGUGAAGGAGGCGGAGAACAAACAGAGGCUGGAGGACUACCAGAGGAGGUUAGAUCUGUCCUCGCUCAAACAGAGUGAGAACCCCAUGAUCCUGGAGCUGCGGAAUCUGGACCUGACCAAGAGGAAGAUGGUUCACGAGGGACCCCUCUCCUGGAGAGUCAAUAAAGACAAGAGGAUCGAGCUGUACACCAUUCUGCUGGAGGACAUUCUGGUGCUGCUGCAGAAGCAGGACGAGCGGCUGGUCCUCAAGUUCCACGGCAAGAAUCCGGCCAGCGCCGCCGACACCACCAACAUCUUCAGCCCCGUCAUCAAGCUCAGCACCGUGCUGGUUCGCCCAGUGGCCACUCACAACAAGUCUUUCUUCGUGCUGUCCAUGUCGGACAACGGGGCUCAGAUCUACGAGCUGAGGGCUCAGACGGAGUCCGAUCAGAGAAUGUGGCAGUGUCUGAUCACACAAUGUGCUGAGGCCAUGAAGGCCAAGCCUCACAACAGCGACACGCCACCAGCUCAGUCCGAUGCCGAGCGGGACGCGAUAGAGAUCAUCAGCCGCGGGAUGACGGGGCCGAGCAAGGAUCCGGACGGGACAUCGAGCGGAGAUAAAGACGCCACCUCUCCUUCAGACAUCCAAGCUCCGCCGGCGUGUAUCGGCCCCUUCAACGGCUUGAAAUCAGAGGACGAGGAGGAGGAGCUGGUCGUGGCGGACAGACGGGAGGAGGAAGAGGAGGAGGAGGAGGAGGAGGAGGAUGAAGAGCUGAAUGAGGCAGAACUUGAGGCCUUCCUGGACGGGCAGCUCGCGGACAGACUGCCCUUCCUGCAGCAGGAAGGCUCGCGUCAGGGACUCGCCGUGGAAAACCAAGAGCACAGCGCGUUCGUCGCGGCCUCGUCCAAGGCCGAAGACGCUCUGAGGACGUUGGCGACGCUGAAGCAGGCGCUUUUCAACCACAUGCUGAGCAGGGAGGCCGAAGAGGAGCCGGAGGAGACGGAGGAGAACAAGCUCAGCGGGGCCCCUGGGGGCCAGCAGAGUGACUCUGUGCCUGGGGGCCCUGAGGAGCCUCCACCUCCUCCACCUCCACCUCCACCUGCUGCUGCAUGUGACGAAAGCCGAGCAGCGACAGGCCUGUCUGAGGCCGCUGAACGCAAUGGGGGUUUCGUGGUUCUGGACUUCAGCGUCGGGUGCGAUGAGAGCAGCGCCGACGACGACGGAGGAUUGGGAGGCGACGUGGGGAUCGACAUGAGGAAGCUGCUGUCCUCCUCUUCGCAGACAGGGGGCGCCGGCGGCGGAGGCGGCCCCGACCUCAGCCGGCAGCUCAUGACCCACCUGCGCCUCCUACAGGCCGACCUGCAGUAUCUGAAGGAGGUGGAGCUAAAGUACAAUGAGCUGCGUCAGACGCACAGCGACGCUGCUACUGACUCGGACGACAACAACGACGGGAUCCAGUGACGACAGACUCGUUUCCCUGCCUCCGGGGGAGUGAGCCAACGUCAUCCGUGGCCCCGUGACCGUUUCUUCCCUCUGGAUCCGAAUCCUCGACCACUGAACGACGGAGGCGUGACGUCCAAUCUCCCACUUCAGGCACAUAUGACAAUCGGUGGAAGACUGGACUCUGUUCCACUAUAAACUCCUUCAUCCACCAGGGAACAGACACUAUGGACUAUACCUGAGGAUAAUUCAGUCACUUUUUUUUUUGUUGUUGCUGUGAUUAUAAUCACAUUCCUAAAUUAUCUUUAAACACUGGAUGUAUGAAACGGAAGAGAGGGGAAGUGGAGCGUGUGAAGUCAGUAAGAAGGACUCAUUCAGGACUCCGAGCGCUGCUGUUAGAUUAAUGUAGACGCCUGCGACGCGAGCGAAACAAACCUCACGCCACACACACGCUCACGCACACAUUCGCCUUUUCGAUAACUGAGCUGAACAGCGACACCUUAACAUCUUCUCGACGCGCCGAUCGCACAUUCGCACCGUCACCAAACUCCUCUCACAGUCUUGUUCACGUUUGGGUUUUUUUCAGUCUAGUUCAGCAUCACAUUGGAAGGGAGGAGCUGGAUUCGGACUUUUUGAAGCAGUUUGUCGUUACAGGUGAAAUGUCCCUUGCCAGCCGUGUUGCCGGGAGCUGUUCUUUUUCAGAGCGGCGAUGUUGUGGCCUUCAGAAAUUCACCAUAUCUUCUCCCACUCUCGGAUAAAAUGAUGCGUGAAUGUUGAUCCUCGUCGAUGAUCGCACUUUUAGACAGAAAGAAAAUGGCCAUAUUUCUCAAAACUAUUCCUGCAAGCACCUGAAAUUAUAAAAAUGUGUUAAGAGGCCUAUACAGGGAAAAAAAAUAAUAAUUUCUCAUUCAGUUUAAAGGGCUGAGUAUUAAUUUCCUUGGGGAAAAGCGACAAAUGUCCAAAGAAUAAUCGUCCUGCUUGCAAAGCGACACUUUUUUGUUCUACUGGUCGUCUUAUUAGUUUGAGUGCCUGAUUUGAAUCUUCCUAUAGCACUUGAAUGUAGCAUAAUAUGAAAAACAUGGUGUAUUCUUAAAUUAAUAGAUCACAAAUCGAUCCACACACAACUCUGCAAAAAGCUCAAUAUGUGUUACGGACAAACAAGGACGGACGGGGGUGAAAACCAAACCUCCGUUGUUCAAACGCUGCAUUAAAAAUGGCAGAACAGCAAAAUCAGUAGCUAUGAAAAUAAAUGUCACAGCAUAUAAUAUAUAUAUAUAUACACGGUUUUAUAGAAUGAGUGCACAGAUGAAUUUUUAUUGUCAAAUGUAUUUUCUACUUGUAUUCUAGAUUUUUCUUUCUCCCCUCACUGACUAAUCUGAGUGCAGGUUUUCCCCACCAACGCAAAACAAAAGGACAUAUUUUCUUCUUCA